AUGGUUGGCCUUGAUAUUGAUAUUCGUAAUCCAUCAAUUGAAGCAAUUGGCCUUGGUUUUGAUAUUCAUAAUCCAUCAGCUAAAAACCAGAUGAUAAUUGGCCUUAAAUUUGAUAUUCGUAAUCCAUUAGCUGGAGAUAAGAUGAUAGCUGGUCCUGAUUUUGAUAUUCAUAAUCCAUCAGCUGAUCAGAUGAUGGUUGGCCUUGGUCUUGAUAUUCAUAAUCCAUCAGUUGAAGGGGUAUACCAGAAAUUAGCUAAUUUGAAAGAAGGUGGGGGGAGUCAAGUUCAAAUCAGGUCUAUAUAUAUUAUAUGA